GUAGCAAUAUCAUUCCAAAUUUGCUUUUGAUUUGUUUUGUUGUUAACGUGGUGAAGAUAAAGAUGCAACAUGCAGAACCAAAUGGGAAAAUCUCAGGAAAGAUUAUUGAACUUAUAUUUCAAAAUUCAAUCAGUCUGGUAGUAGUGCAAAUGAUACGAAAAAGAAACCCAAAUAUUUCGAACAAAUUUAAGAAAUUCUUGGUAUGCAUGUAUGGUAUGUCCUUUUUACGUGUUCAUGUCAUUAUAAGUAUUAUUUUACAGGGGGAAACAACCAUUCAUAUAGGCCACCCUACAUUAGUGACAAUUUCAACCAAAACCAACAAAAUCCAACAAAAUUCAACGACAUCAUGAAAGAAGUUUCCAGUCAGAAGAAAAUAGAUUAUUUAGGAACACCCAAGGAAUCAUCAGUUAACAACACACAGAAGGAAACUGCCAGUCAGAAUAAAAAAGGAACAAACAACGAAUCAACUGAUGUAGAUGAAUCGAGAACAUCAAUAGUUGAACUAAAGAUUGUGGUGGAAAAGUCAAUGAAAUAUCUCGAAAAAGAUGUUCCAACAACGACGAAGAUGAAAUCCCAGAUGAUGACAUAUUUUUUGAUGAAUUGGACGGAGAAGAUGCAUCAUAUCUACCACUUAAAAAAAGGAGACCAAGUAGAGCAUCGAAAUCAGACAAAGUGCUUUUGGCUUUCAACAAAAUGAGAGAAGAAAGAAAAGAAAGAUAUGUGGAAGAAAACCAUAAAAAGGAACAGAGACAUAAUGAGAAAAUGGAGAAAACCCAACAGUUGAUUGAUGUACUGAAAUCUAUGGGUUCGAUGGACUCGUCAAAGAGAACAAGUUCGCGUUCGCGUUCCUCUUCGCGUUCUCGUUCAAAGAAACGUCUGACUUCUCCUAAAUUUCAUUCAAAAUAAGUCAUUUGCCUUCUAGUAAUCCAUCUCGUUCGCCUACGUAUUCUUCUAAAAGAAGUCAUUCACCUUUAAGUUCGCGAUCUCGUUCACCUAAAUGUUCAACUCGAAGAAGUCAUUCACCUUCGAGAUCUCGAUCACAUUCGCGUACGUAUUCUUCUAAAAUAAGUCAUUCACCUUCAAGCUCGCGAUCUCGUUCGCCUAAAUGUUACACUCAACGAAGUCACGAGAUCUCGAUCGCGUUCACCUAAAUAUUAUUAUAAUAGAAAUCAUUCACGUUCUCGAUCUCGUUCCCCCAAACAUUCUCCUCGGAGAAUUGUUCAUGAAUAACCUUGUAGUUAUUAAUAACAUCGUUCAAAAAAUUUGAGCUUAAAGAGGAAUGACAGGCCUUUGAUUUUUGAUUUAUGCAAAGUGUUAUAAGUGAAAAUUCGACAUUUAAUAUGUGUUAUUAUCAUUGUCGUCGUUAUUUUAAAUCGAGAAUAGGCCAGACCUAAUAGUUUUACAUUGAGGAAAAAAUUACAGGGCAGUAAUAAGUAAACGUAAUCAAGAUUGUUUGUGUUUACUAAUGUUUACUGAAACCAUGUUUGUAUCACUGUACACAGAUAAUUUCA